GGGGCUCCCCACACAGGCAGCAGAGAGAUUGCCUUGCUGCAAUGUCACCAUCAGCGCCACUGCUGCAGGCUGCUGGCACCUGCCGCCACUGCAGAGGACAGAGGGCCCUCAGCCCAGCAGAGACCCAGGACCGCCGGGCACGGUGUGAGGGCAGGCGGUGGCUGGCCAGAUGGGCAGCACCAUGGAGCCUCCCGGGGGUGCAUACCUACACCUGGGCGCCGUGACGUCCCCGGUGGGCACUGCCCGCAUGCUGCAGCUGGUUUUCGGCUGCACCACCUUCAGCCUGGUUGCCCACCGAGGCGGGUUUGCCGGCGUCCAAGGUACCUUCUGCAUGGCUGCCUGGGGCUUCUGCUUCGCCCUCUCUGCCUUGGUGGUGGCCUGUGAGUUCACGAAGCUCCAUGGCUGCCUGCGCCUCUCCUGGGGCAACUUCACGGCAGCCUUUGCCAUGCUGGCCACGCUGCUGUGUGCCACGGCUGCAGUCAUCUACCCGCUCUACUUCGCCCACCUCCAGUGCCUGCCCGAGCCUGCCGGUUGCACGGCCAGGGACUUCCGCCUGGCAGCCAGCAUCUUCGCCGGGCUGCUCUUCCUGGUCUAUGCCUCAGAAGUGGCCCUGACACGGGCACGGCCUGGUCAGGUCGCUAGCUACAUGGCCACAGUGUCGGGGCUUCUCAAAAUUGUCCAGGCCUUUGUGGCCUGCAUCAUCUUCGGGGCACUUGUUCAUGACAGCCGCUAUGGGCGCUAUGUGGCCACACAAUGGUGCGUAGCUGUCUACAGUGUGUGCUUCCUGGCCACGGUGGCUGUGGUGGCCCUGAGUGUGACGGGCCACACAGGGAACCUGGGCUGCCCCUUUGACCGCCUGGUGGUCGUGUACACCUUUCUGGCUGUGCUCCUCUACCUCAGCGCUGCUGUGAUCUGGCCUGUCUUCUGCUUCGACCCUAAAUAUGGGGAGCCCAGGCGGCCUCCCGAUUGCCCCCCGGGCAGCUGCUUCUGGGACAGUCAGCUGGUGAUCGCCAUUUUCACGUAUGUCAACCUGCUCCUCUACAUCGUCGACCUGGCCUACUCGCAGAGGAUCCGCUUCGUGGCCACCCUGUAGCCUGGCAAGAGGCCGCCUGCCCACCCGUGAUCACCAGAGGUGAUUCCAAGAACAGGAAGGUGACCAAGGUGAACUGGGACCUCAGAGGCGAGCAGCAGGGAGGCUGAGGGCGCAGGGCAGGCAUGGCAGAGAAUGCUCUUGGACUUCUGGCGGUGCUCAGAGGCUGGGCUUGGGGUGGGAACAGAGGAAGGACAGAGGAGAAGGGGGCCCUCAGCAGCAGAGCUCAUGGGCUCUCAUUUUCUCUUCCCUGUCUCCAUCUCCAUCUCCAAUCUUUAUCUCCCAUUUCCAGCCCUCCCUGGGCUCAGUGCUGGUCACUGUAGCACCUGCCAUUGUAACCCACUUUGCAGCUGGGCACACAGACUAGACGUUGGUGGUUGCCCAGUGUGCCCAUCAGUGUCGGGAGAUGCGCUCAGGCUGGGUAAUGUAAGUUGGAAAGGGGAGGUCUCCUGAAGGUGCUCAAGGUGUUGGAAAUGAGCCAGGGAGAGCCUCAGAGCCAGCCGAGGGAGGGGAGGAAGGGCUGGAAGAGCCUCCUCAUGGGCAGGGGCCAUUCCUGGAACCCUAAGAGGGACUGUGCCAGCUCACAGAGAAGAAGCCCGGAAAUCAGGACGAGUCUUGCCAGCCCGCACAGGGCCUCCCAGGGGCCACAGCCAAGGACCGUGGGUUAUAGCUCAACAGGCUGGAGGUGGUGCUAGGAGCCUGGAAGGGCCCACGGAAGCCAGCAGUACUACCAGGAGCAGUGUGGAGAGGAGAUGGGUCCCUACCCAGCGAUGGACCCCCACCUGGACUCUCACAAUGGGCCAUAACCUAGCAAUUGGGGUAGUGCCUGCUGGGCUCCCAGAGGCUGCCUUAGUACGCAGAAUGAACAGGUGGUGAGGGUUGGGCCUGGACAGCCCCUGGGACUUGGCCUCUGGACUCCUCCAAGCAUCCAGUUGUCCAGCUGCUCCUAACUGCCAAGGCCUGCUGGUAUCAUCAUCUUCCAUGUUCCAGCCAGCUUCUCCUGCAUGUGAGCCCAGAAGGCACCAGCCUUGGGUGGCCCACCAGCAACCCAGAGCCCAGGCACCA